UUUUUUUUUUUUUUUUUUUUUUUUUCUGUACAAAUAAAUACAUGGAUGAUAAAACAUUUUGGCUAGUUUGUGAUGGAGCAAAUAACUGUCAUUGUGAUUGGAGAGUAACAAUUGUUGAUUGUGUGGAAGGACAUGUCAUGUUUUAUAUAUACCUUGUAAAUGCUAUAUUUUCUUUGAUUGCUGCAUUGUUAGUCGGCGGACUACUUAUUUAUCGAGUUGCAUAUAAACAAAUGACAAUUUUUGACUAUACCAGAUCGCCUCGACAUUUUGCUAGGCCAAGGCCGAUAGAGUCUUUGUUAUUUUUUGGAACUAUAUUCAACUUCCUUAGAGCAAUUGACGCGGCGCUGAUAGUAACUGAUGCUCUGUCAAACAAGAUAUUCCGCGCUUUUUUCUAUGAACUCCCGUGGCAAUUUGGUAUCUGUGCAUUCACCUGCUAUCUUUAUGGCAUCGCGCAUACUGUUUCACACAGUAGUAAAGUGAUACAAAAUAAUUGGUUUAAAUCUUUGAUUCUAAUCGAUAUUUCCUGUACCGCCAUGCUUAUCCUGCCAUUCAUUAGUAAUAAUAUAUGUUCAAUUGCAGCAGCGAUAUACGCUGAACGAGGGGACCUCGUAAAAGCCAAAAUAUUUACAGAUGCGCUCUAUUUCUUUUGGACAUUCUACUGUUUUCUUUUGGCGUCCUGGAUCGUUUUUGCUGGGCUUCGAUUAUUAAAGAUUCUCCGACACCAUUUAGACAACCAACAUGAUCCAGAAGGCUCGACCGUGCAUAAAAUUAAGAAUGGCCGAUUUAAAGUCAAGAUGAUUAUGAGUAUCAGUGUUACUUCACUACUUGUAUUCUCUUUUGUAAAAUGUAUAUACGGUAUAUUCAGGGUCAAUCUAUUAUUACACAGCGAAUUUAAUUUGGCACUGGCGUGUAUCUGGACAUUUGAUGGCACUUUGGCAUCUAUGCUGGUGGUUGUCUCUUUACUGAUUACGCCCAAAGCGCUUUCACCCUUGGAUUCAAGUUCUGGAGAAUUAGAAUCAUCAUCACAGAGUGAUUUCAGUAGAGGCCGUCUAUCGAACAACACAAAGGGCGGUUUUAGCCGAAGUCGAGAUACGAUAUCGAAGAAUGGCUUUAGAGGACGUGAAGUUCUUGUACCUGAAAGUCCAUAUCAUGGAGAAUAUCCUGCAAGUAAGUGUCCUAUCGAAAAAGGAUUGGCUGUUUAACUAAAACAAAAGAUGUUAGACUUUAAUCAAUCUGGAGUUUCAGAGGCACAUCUUAUACCAUUGUCACAAGACAUUAAGUCUUGAAGAGAAAAAAAAAAAAACGUGGCAAAUUGCUUGAUUUGUGGUCGAGCCAUCCUAUUAAAAAUACCAAAUUAGAGAAAUUAUUUUUUCUUUACUCUCUCUUUUC